CGCCGCCGCUGCCUGGAUAUAGUGCGGCAAGGAGCGGAGCUUGCAGUCACUUUGCAAGGAGGAGCGCGCGGGCUGCGGGCGGCUGGGGCACUCCGGGAGCGGCGGCGGCUCCAGCACAGGCGGCCGUGACAGCGGAAGGUUCUCUCUCCGGGGCUGGACUUAAUAACUUUGGAACUGUCCGCCAGUGUCACGUCCUGAACAUGAGCCUCCUCCUCUCCUUCUACCUGCUCGGGUUGCUUGUCAGUAGCGGGCAAGCUCUUCUUCAAGUGACAAUUUCACUUAGCAAAGUAGAGCUUAGUGUGGGCGAAUCUAAAUUCUUCACAUGUACAGCAAUUGGUGAACCUGAGAGUAUAGAUUGGUAUAAUCCUCAAGGAGAGAAGAUAAUUUCAACACAGAGAGUAUCGGUGCAAAAGGAAGGUAUUAGGUCACGAUUAACCAUCUACAACGCAAAUAUAGAAGAUGCAGGGAUAUAUCGUUGUCAAGCAACAGAUGCCAAAGGACAGACACAAGAAGCUACAGUUGUUUUGGAAAUUUACCAAAAACUCACUUUCAGAGAAGUGGUAUCUCCUCAAGAGUUCAAACAAGGAGAGAAUGCAGAAGUGGUUUGCCGAGUUAGCAGUUCACCGGCACCUGUUGUCAGCUGGUUAUAUCAUAAUGAGGAAGUCACCGCUAUUUCCGACAAUCGGUUCGCCAUGUUAGCUAACAAUAAUCUGCAGAUUCUCAACAUCAAUAAAAGUGAUGAAGGUAUAUACAGGUGUGAAGGAAGAGUGGAAGCCAGGGGAGAAAUUGACUUCCGUGAUAUCAUUGUUAUUGUUAAUGUGCCACCAGCAAUCACAAUGCCUCAGAAAUCCUUUAAUGCCACAGCAGAAAGAGGAGAAGAGAUGACAUUUUCCUGCAGGGCCUCUGGGUCUCCCGAGCCCACCAUCUCCUGGUACAGGAAUGGGAAGUUCAUUGAAGAAAACGAAAAGUACACAUUGAAAGGAAGCAAUACAGAACUCACUGUCAGGAACAUAAUCAGCAGUGAUGGGGGCCCGUAUGUCUGCAGGGCCACAAAUAAGGCAGGAGAAGAUGAAAAGCAGGCAUUUCUCCAAGUCUUUGUACAGCCUCAUAUAAUACAGCUUAAAAAUGAGACUACAUCUGAGAAUGGUCAAGUCACACUCAUAUGUGAAGCAGAAGGGGAGCCUAUUCCAGAAAUCACUUGGAAAAGAGCGGUGGAUGGCGUCACUUUUUCUGAAGGCGAUAAGAGCCCAGACGGCCGUAUCGAAGUCAAAGGGCAGCAUGGAAGCUCAUCGCUGCAUAUUAAAGAUGUGAAGUUGUCAGAUUCAGGGAGAUAUGACUGUGAAGCUGCAAGUAGAAUUGGAGGGCACCAAAAAAGCAUGUACCUUGACAUUGAAUAUGCUCCCAAGUUCGUAUCAAACCAAACAAUUUAUUACUCUUGGGAAGGAAAUCCAAUCAAUAUAAGCUGUGAUGUGAAAUCUAAUCCACCAGCAUCAGUCCACUGGAGAAGAGAGAAAUUAGUUUUGCCAGCUAAAAACACCACUAAUUUAAAGACUUAUAGUGCAGGGAGAAAAAUGAUAUUAGAGAUUGCACCUACAUCUGACAAUGACUUUGGACGAUAUAAUUGCACAGCAACUAACCGUAUAGGAACAAGAUUUCAAGAAUAUAUUCUUGCUUUGGCUGAUGUGCCAUCCAGUCCCUACGGAGUGAAGAUUAUAGAGCUGUCACAGACCACAGCCAAGGUCUCUUUCAGCAAGCCGGACUCCCACGGAGGUGUGCCUAUUCACCACUAUCAGGUGGACGUCAAAGAAGUGUCGUCAGAAACCUGGAAAAUAGUACGCUCCCAUGGAGUUCAAACAAUGGUUGUUUUGAGCAACCUGGAACCAAAUACAACUUAUGAAAUCAGGGUUGCAGCUGUAAAUGGAAAAGGGCAAGGAGACUACAGUAAAACAGAAAUUUUCCAAACAUUACCAGUUCGUGAACCAAGUCCUCCAUCCAUACAUGGACAGCCAAGCAGUGGGAAGAGCUUUAAACUCAGUAUCACCAAACAGGAUGAUGGAGGGGCCCCCAUUUUGGAAUAUAUUGUGAAAUACAGAAGUAAAGAUAAAGAAGACCAGUGGCUAGAGAAAAAAGUUCAGGGAAAUAAAGACCACAUUAUUUUGGAGCAUCUACAGUGGACAAUGGGGUAUGAAGUCCAAAUUACAGCUGCCAAUAGAUUGGGAUAUUCAGAACCAACUGUCUAUGAGUUCAGCAUGCCACCAAAACCCAACAUUAUUAAAGAUAAAUGCUGUGAAGCGAAUAAAGGCGAAAAUGGAAGCCAGUCAUGGCAGCUGAAUGCUGCUGGGUUUUCUUUCAUUCUAGCCAUAAGUGUGUCUUGCAUGUUUUAAUGUCGUUGCUAUAUCAUAUGGUAUUCCCUUUUAUCAUCUGCAAGUUUAUAAGGCUAAUCUAAAAUUAUAAUAAAAUAUUUUUUAAGGUUCAACUAAUUAUGCAUGUAUCCUCACCCGUCAAUAGUUAGCCUCUUUUCCCUUCCCCAAAUUGUUAACCUUUAAAGUAGAUAAUUUGUCAGAAAAACACUGAAGAAAACUGAACCAGGAUUGUUUCUUUCAGGUACCAGUUCACAGCAUAACUUGCUUCAUUCUACAGUUUUCUUCAGUUUCUUAAAGUUAACCUUAAAUAUCAUGUCACUUUUACUUGGAACUUAACUAUUUGCUACGUCUAAUCUUUCCUUUGAUUAUUUUGCAAAUACAAUUCAAUGUUCAUGGACAUACGUUGCAUAAAUAGAAAUUUUAUUAUGUUGAAUUGUGGAUCUUUUAUAUUGGUUUUAAUUGUUCUUUUAAAUAUAAGUUUCAACUUUAUAAAUAUUUAUCAUAUUUCGUGGUGUUUACCAUUUACGUGAGACAUAAACCUGAUAAUUUUUAUUAUGUUAGAUGUGAUUCCUGUUUUGCUGCCUUAUUUUCCUUUUAUUGACCUAAAAUGUCAUAAGGAGUAAAAGUGAAGCAGAGUUAAUUUUCUUCAAUUUGAGCACCAAUUUUUGAAAGUCCAGACAUUUUUUUUAAUGAAGUGAAAAUAUCUUAAUGUAAUUGUACCAAAGUAAAUGAUAAAUUAAAUUUGAGUACGUUUAUUAAGUUGCACCUGUGUACUAGAUUUGGACACUAUUUUGAGAUGGUAUCAAGUAUUGAUGUUCUAGCAACAUAUAUAUUUAUUUAUUUAUUACUUUUUCCUGAGUCAAUUUCUUUGCAAGGAUCAGAGAUAGAAGUAAGUAUUUUAGCUGCCAUUUUCAAGAAGAUGAAAUUGAGAGGAGAAGGUAUUACUAGAUUCCAGCUUUCAGAGCAAGCUGGAUUUGAAGGAGUAGCAUGAUUAAUGCCUUUUGUUUUCACAUUUUCAUUUAUUACAAAAUGGGAAAAGGGUGUUCUGCAUUUUUCACUCCCAGCUGCACUCUAGAAAGUGAUUCUUACUACUCAGUCAGGACAAUUAGAAAGCUAUCAGAUUUACAUAUAUUCCCAUGAGUGACUGUAACUUACAUGGUAAAUCAAAUUACUGAGUUCUGGGCUUCGAGAUUCAUUCAUCAAAAACAAUUUAUUUUGUUGCAUGAAAGUAUUCUCUGACUUUAUUUUAAAGAAAUACCUACAGGAUUCUAUCAUGUAAGGUCUAAAAGUAGACUUGCCUUUGGUAGUCUGUAUUCUUUAAAAUUUGUCUUUUCCAAACUCUGCUCUUCGCUGCUGUGUCUUUCUUCUGAGCUAGCAUCAGACCUGUAGAGUGCAGAAGGGACUCACCCACAAAGGAAACACACUUCUGCUUUUCUUUCUCCCUUAGAGACAAAGGGGAUUUCCUAAUUCCAAUUCUUGCAGUAUAGGAAUUUAACCUAUUUAUUGGCAAUGUUCUGUUUUAAAAUGAUAAUAGCUAAUGUUAUGUUUAUUAAAGAACUAAUUAUAAUUGCAUAUUACAUUCCAUGAUUGCAUAUUACAUUCCAUGAGUUUGGAUAAGACUUGUAGAUAUGUUGAUUACUAAUAAGUAGCAAGUGCUGAGAAAGAAAGGAGUUUCAAUAACACGCUCAUGAACAAUUUUUCUCAUUCAUUAUAACCUGACUGGAUCUCUCCAGUAAGUUGUAAAUAUUUCCAUGAGAAAUCAUAUUGAAAUUACCUUGAUUCAGGACAUGAUUACAAAAUGCUUUCUUGGAAAACAUGGAAUAUGUCUUUAGUAAGAUAAGAGAUUUUUUUUUAAAUUUUAUUUUCUAAAACUACCAGGUCACCAACAAUGAUACGAAGGACACUCAGUCUGGCUUAUAUGAUACCGAGACUGACAUUUGAACAGUUCAGAAAAUGACCUAAAAUUAAAAUUCUAAUAUCUUAGCAGAAGUGUUUACAUUUAAUGAGUUGUUCAUUUAGAUUUUAUAAGCAUCUAAGUACCAAUCAAGUUAUUAAUCCUAAAAUUAAUGAGCAGUCUAUCAUUUGGCCCCAUGUUCAUUCUUAGAUGAACAGUUAUUAUACAGUUCUAAGAUAUAAAUUUUUAAAAAUAUUCUGAUACAUCUUAAAAUAAUAGACUCUGUGCUUUGCCUUACUUCCGUAAGAAAUGGGAAAGUGCAAACUGUAUAAACAAUGCAACUACUGCAUUUUGAAAAGUGAGAUCUUAGAGAUUGUAAAUUACUUUCUCAGAUAUUUUUAACAUCUUAAUAAUAUGUAAUUGUUGCUGAAUUAUCAUUUUUAUUACUUGAGCUUUACUCUUGUUAUAUGUAACCAUAAAGUCUAACUAGCAGUACAUUUUUGUAUAAUUAGUGUCUGUCUAUAGGUCUAAGUAACUGUGAUUAUUGGUAAGCCAUACAUAAAAAUUCUUCCUAUUAUCAUCCAGUGCUUUUUUUUUCAUUCAGUGGACUUUUAAAUAAAAAUCGGUGUCUAAAAUGUACAAAUGUAAAUUUAUGUGUAAGGUGAGUCUUAUUUUAUUCAUUAUAAAUAAUCAGAAGUAUGUUUCUAUGUUUAUCGAUGUGUAUGUCUUAUCAUCAAAUGUUAAAUCAUUUAAAAAGUUUGUUUUGACCGUGUUAUACCAGUUAUAAAGCUAAAUUGAUUUGCUUAUGCAUAAUGGCCAUUAUCUGUAUGUGGAGUGUCAGGAUUAAUUUUUUAUAUACAGCUGUGUAUCUCGUUUUCUCUCCUCCUAACCUUUUCUAAGUCUGUCUUCUAUUUUCCAUUUAUCAUUAGGUCUUACUGGUCUCCCUACCCCAAUACAAGCUCAAUACUUAUUUAUCAGAUAGCUAUAAGGCCCACCAGACUACAUUUCAGAUAUGCUAACAGAUUAUGCCGAGGAGGUAGCAAUAAAUUCUUCUUUCCUAUGAGAUUUUUUCUUACAAGCAAGAACCUUCAGUAAAUUGCCAUUUUUGAUCGUUUCUGUCCUAAUACUCUUAUUCAUUGGAAAUAUGUAUAUUUUAUAAAAUCUAUACCCAUAUUCUUUUCCAAAGCAUUAUUUAUGUGCACAUGUGUUCAUUACUGGUAGACAUGAGCAAGACUGAAAUGUUUAAUGACUUAUUUCAUUUUUCUUAAUUUUUUUUCCUAUUUUUUGUUAGCCUCAAGUAUCUCAAGGGUUUAACCAUUUUAAAUAAGCAAAUAAAUAAAUAAAUAAAUUCCAGGCAUUGGAUUAACAUUUUGUAUGUAUAAGUCAGUUAUAUAUAAAACAAGUAUUUGUUCCAACAGAUAAUUGUAUUGCAGAUAAUUUUGACUUGUAAGUAUUCAGCAGUUCUUUUAAAAUAAAUAGUUAAAAUUACAAGUACACAUAGUUGUUUAUGGACAGUUUGGGUCAACUUAGAAAUAAUUAUACAAUUCAAAUAUUUUCUAUAUUAAGAGUGCCUAUUAAUUAAUUAUAUUAAUUAUACAAAACUAAAACAAGGAAAAUUCCACAAUGUUUUUAAGUCUGAUCAGUUGGUCUGAUUAUUCAUUUGUAAGCAACAAAAUAUAGGUGCAAGAGAAAAUUAGGCCAUGUGCUUUUGAUUUGGAUAAGUACUUUCAGAUAUAGUAUUCAUUAAUAUGGUGUAUCUACACUAAGAAUGAAGAAAUAAAAAAUUUUAAUUACAAAUUAUUUUAGUUAUUCCGGAUGGAUAUUUAUCAAUACAAUAGUUAAGUAUGUUUGGGUCUAGCUUUCAAGAAUAGCUAAUAUUGUGUAUAUAUUUUUAGUUUGUAGUAGUUAAUUAAGAAUACAUCUAGAUAUGUGCAGUUAACUGAAGAUUUUUGCCUGUUUGGUUUUUGGUUAUGAUAUUAGCAGUAUUAAGAGCUUUAAAUAAAUAAUCUGUUAUGAUACUCCCUAAAUUAAAUAUUAUCACAUAUUAGUUUUUUGCCCUAAUAUAUUAUGAUUCCACUUAGUGAAUAAAGAUACAGGAUCACAAAUUUCAUAUAGGAAUGUGUCAUUUUGUGUAUUUUAUUAUGGUUCAGAUCUGUGAGGCAUAACGUAAUAUCCUUGAAACCACCUUUGAGUAAGUGCAGAUUAAUUAGGCUUUUUCUUAGUUGCUUUCUUUCCUUCCAUUCUUCCUUCCAAUUCUUUCUAAUAUUCUGUCUCUCCCUCCCGCCCUCCUACCCUCCUCCUUUCCCCCUUCCCACUAUCUCUCCCUUCCUUCCUCCCUCUCAAUUUCUGGAAGUAUCUCUUCUUUUUAUGUUAAUCACUGUUAAGGUUUAAAAUCUCAGAAUUUGUAGUAUAGAUAUGUGUCAUGAAACUUUCAACUAAGGCUAAUGCAUUGAAUGGGGAGCUUAAUUUAUAUAUUUAAAAUGAUUGGAGAUACAAAUAUUCAACAAGUAGCCACUGAAGUAAUUUUAAUGUAAAUUGAAAUUAGUAAAAAGCCUAUAUCUAAAUCAGCUGAUUAUGUCAUUAAAAAAGAGUAUUAUUUAAUCAUUUUUAUUGCUUGAUAGUAAACCUUAGAAUUCAGAAUAUACUAGCAGAGUAAAUUUUAGGUCUUAAGUAAAUGAAAAAAAAAUCUUUUUAACAUCUUAUUAAUAUAUUCACUUCCAAGUUAUCAUCUAAACUAGAGUAUUUUUUCUAAAGUUAACAUUUUUAACUUUUAAAUAUAAAGUUGUGUCUUUUUUACUUUAAUGGUACUUAAAAGUGAUAUACUACAUAAAGAUUAUUAAAGUAAGCAGCAUCUCAAUAUUUAUGCAAAGAUUCAGUAAGUUUAAAUUUUCUUUAAUCAUUCUGAAGUAACACAGAAUGGGAAUUUACAUCAAUGCUGUAUUUUUCAAAUACCUUUGGUUUCCUUAUCUUACCUAAGAUUAUCAGCCAGAUCAAGAUCUCUGGUAGUAAUCCGGACCCUCCCUCAUGGCUUUUAACUAAGUGGAAGCCUAAAAUGCCUGUAUCUAAAUGUUACAGAAAGAGUGGAUUAUUCUGUAACAUCAAUUUUUAGCUACUAUUUAGUGAAAUUGAAAAAAAUUAGCCAAGGAAAGCAAAUAUGUUCAGGAGUCCUAUUAGUUUAUCUGAGGUGAUCUGAACUGCAACUGAUGGCCCCAUGUCUUUGUUGGUAGACUAUUAUUUGAUCGACUUUUUAAAGAUACGUUCAUUCAAGUGGAAUUAAAUUUUAUUUUAAGUGUGAACUAAUCUAAUACUGGUUGUAUUAGCCUAGUAUGUUGCAAAAUUUAAUUUUUUAUGUUCAAGUUAAAUUCAGUUAUUCUUUCUCGUUCCAUUUUAAUAGAAAUAUAGUUACAUAUUGCAAACAUUGCAUUAUAUUGAGGUAGCAUAAUUUUUUAAAAAUUAUACCAUAUUUAUUUUAUUUAGUAUAUGUACUAAAUGGGCACUAUGAAAUAAAUCUCUAGCAAAUCCUUUUUUUUUCUAAGAGCAAGCAACUAAAAACUACUAUUUUAAAUAACGUCCACAAUUCAUGAACUUCUUUCAAGAAUAUUUUUAUUUCAUUCUUACAUUGAUUUUAUGUAUAACAGUUCUGUUUUAAAGUGACUAUUUCUGAUCAUUUUAAUUGCAUCUGUUUUCAUCAUAGCUUAUUUUCUUGAAAUAAAAUGUACGUUAUAAAUGUAUUGUCCUUGGUAUCAUCUCUUAUUUAAAACCGCUGACAUAAUAUCCAGCACUGUGUGUAAUCCGAUGCAUGAGUUUCAUAGUAUAUUAAAUGUCAUUUUAUUUUCUGUAUCUCUGUGUCUCCAUUGUUGUAAUAAAGAAAACUGAGGAAAA